CGGAUGUGUUAUAGUGAAACACACAAUUGGAGGCAUGCUGCAGCGACUUCCGACAGCAAAUCAACACUAACAAAAAAGAUUUAAAGUCAGGAUGGAGUUGCUUGGAGGCGAGUUUUGUAACAUGUCCCAGCAGGAGCUGGCGGCUCCUGUCAGCACUGUAGAGGAAAAAUGGAAGCUGUUGCCUGCGUUUUUGAAGGUGAAAGGCUUGGUGAAGCAGCACAUCGACUCAUUCAAUUAUUUCAUCAAUGUGGAGAUCAAGAAAAUCAUGAGCGCCAACGAGAAGAUAACAAGUGACGCGGACCCGAUGUGGUACAUCAAGUAUCUCAAUAUCUACAUUGGUAUGCCUGAUGUAGAAGAGAGCUUCAACGUAACCCGGCCAGUCUCCCCUCAUGAGUGUCGUCUCAGAGACAUGACCUACUCGGCACCCAUCACCGUGGACAUUGAGUACACACGCGGCAGCCAGAGAAUCAUCCGCAAUGCUCUGCCCAUUGGAAGGAUGCCCAUCAUGCUGCGAAGCUCCAACUGUGUCCUCACAGGAAAGACACCCUUGGAGUUCUCCAAACUCAACGAAUGUCCCCUUGAUCCAGGUGGUUAUUUCAUUGUGAAAGGUCAAGAGAAAGUCAUUCUGAUCCAGGAGCAGCUGUCCAAGAACAGGAUAAUUGUGGAGCAGGACAGGAAAGGUGCAGUGGGAGCCUCAGUUACCAGCUCCACCCAUGAGAAGAAAAGUAGAACAAACAUGAUUGUGAAACAAGGACGAUUCUACCUGAAGCACAACACGCUGACGGAGGAUGCGCCCAUCGCCAUUAUAUUCAAGGGAAUGGGUGUGGAGAGUGACCAGGAGAUCGUACAGAUGAUUGGGACAGAGGAGCACGUCAUGGCCAGCUUCGCCCCAAGCUUGGAGGAGUGUCAGAAAGCCCAAAUAUUUACACAAACCCAGGCUCUGAAGUACCUUGGGAAUAAAGUGCGCAGGCAGCGCAUGUGGGGAGGACCCAAGAAAACCAAAAUGGAAGAGGCCAGGGAACUGCUGGCGUCAUUGAUUCUCACACACGUGCCUGUCAAAGAAUUUAACUUCAGAGCCAAGUGUAUUUACCUGGCAGUGAUGGUACGCAGGGUGAUUCUGGCUCAAGGGGACAACAAGGUGGACGACAGAGAUUACUAUGGCAACAAACGUCUCGAGUUGGCCGGACAGCUUCUGUCCCUGCUCUUUGAAGACCUGUUCAAGAAGUUCAACUCUGAGCUGAAGAAGAUUGCCGACCAGAUCAUCCCCAAACAGAGGGCGGCACAGUUUGAUGUGGUCAAGCACAUGAGACAGGACCAGAUCACCAACGGCAUGAUCAACGCCAUUUCCACUGGGAAUUGGUCAUUGAAAAGGUUCAAGAUGGACCGUCAGGGUGUGACGCAGGUGUUGUCUCGCCUCUCCUACAUUUCGGCUCUGGGCAUGAUGACCCGGAUUUCCUCGCAGUUCGAGAAGACCCGCAAAGUUAGCGGGCCGCGGUCGCUGCAGCCCUCGCAGUGGGGCAUGCUGUGCCCGUCCGACACACCUGAAGGCGAGGCUUGCGGGCUGGUGAAGAACUUGGCUCUGAUGACGCACAUCACCACCGACAUGGAAGACGGUCCCAUCAUCAAGCUGGCCUUCAACCUGGGUGUUGAGGACGUCAACCUGCUGUGUGGAGAGGAGCUCUCUUACCCCAGCGUCUUCCUCGUCUUCCUCAAUGGAAACAUUCUCGGCGUCAUUCGCGACCAUCCCAAGCUUGUUAGCACCUUCAGGCUGAUGCGCAGGGCUGGAUUCAUCAACGAGUUUGUGUCCAUCUCCACCAAUAUGGCCGACCGCUGCGUGUACAUCUCAUCGGAUGGAGGACGCCUCUGCAGGCCGUACAUUAUUGUGAAAAAGGGUCAACCCAUGGUAAAAAACAAACACAUUGAGGAUUUGUCGCAAGGCUACAGAUCGUUUGAGGACUUCCUGCACGAAGGUUUGGUGGAGUACUUGGAUGUCAACGAGGAGAAUGACUGUCAAAUCGCCCUUUACGAGCACAUGAUAGACAAAGACACAACACACUUGGAAAUCGAGCCCUUCACGCUUCUGGGGGUGUGCGCCGGCCUCAUUCCCUACCCCCACCACAACCAGUCGCCCAGGAACACAUACCAGUGCGCUAUGGGCAAGCAGGCCAUGGGUACGAUUGGCUACAACCAGAGGAACCGCAUUGACACGCUGAUGUACCUGCUGGCAUACCCGCAGAGGCCUAUGGUCAAAACCAAAACCAUUGAGCUGAUCGACUUUGAGAAGCUUCCUGCUGGUCAGAACGCUACCGUGGCCGUGAUGAGCUACAGCGGCUACGACAUCGAGGACGCACUGGUCCUCAAUAAAGCAUCGCUGGACAGAGGUUUUGGUCGUUGUCUGGUGUACAAAAACGCCAAGUGCACCCUUCGGCGUUACACCAACCAAACCUUCGAUAAGGUGUUGGGCCCCAUGCUUGAUGCUGCCACCAGGAAGCCCAUCUGGAGACACAACGUCCUGGACGCUGAUGGGAUCUGCUCCCCAGGUGAGCGAGUUGAGAACAAGCAGGUGCUGGUAAACAAAUCCAUGCCGACCGUCACUCAGACGCCACUGGAGGGCAGCACCCAGCCAGGCCAGCCUCAAUACAGAGAAGUGCCCAUCAGCUACAAGGGCUCAACAGACUCAUACAUUGAGAAGGUGAUGAUCUCGUCCAACGCCGAAGACGCCUUCCUCAUCAAGAUUCUUCUCAGGCAAACCAGGAGGCCCGAGAUCGGGGACAAGUUCAGCAGUCGGCACGGACAGAAAGGUGUCUGUGGCCUCAUCGUCCCCCAAGAGGACAUGCCUUUCUGUGACACGGGCAUUUGUCCCGACAUCAUCAUGAACCCACAUGGCUAUCCUUCCCGAAUGACGGUGGGGAAGCUUAUCGAGCUGCUGGCCGGCAAGGCGGGAGUCCUGGACGGACGCUUCCACUACGGGACGGCUUUCGGGGGCAGCAAAGUGAAGGAUGUGUGCGAGGACCUGAUCCGCUAUGGAUACAACUACCAGGGGAAGGACUACGUUACCUCUGGCAUCACUGGUGAGCCACUAGAGGCAUACAUCUACUUUGGACCCGUGUAUUACCAAAAACUGAAGCACAUGGUCUUGGACAAGAUGCACGCCCGAGCGCGUGGUCCCCGAGCCGUCCUGACCAGGCAGCCGACAGAAGGUCGCUCUCGAGACGGAGGUUUGCGUCUGGGUGAGAUGGAGCGCGAUUGUCUGAUCGGUUACGGCGCCAGCAUGUUGCUGCUGGAGCGCCUCAUGAUCUCCAGCGAUGCCUUUGAGGUGGACGUGUGCGGGCAGUGUGGCCUUCUGGGUUAUUCUGGCUGGUGUCACUACUGCAAGUCGUCAUGUCACGUGUCGUCGCUGCGCAUCCCCUACGCUUGCAAGCUGCUCUUUCAGGAGCUGCAGUCCAUGAACAUCAUCCCCCGACUCAAGCUGUCGCGCUACAACGAAUAGCAGCACCAGGGAAACAGGCAAACGCCUAACAUUUCUUUUUCUCACACUUUUUUUUUUUUUGUUCUUCGAUGUGGAUAAUAUUUCUGCAGUAUGAUCAUAGUUUGUGUACAUAAUAAAUACUUGACAUUGUUUCUCACAUGCAA